AUGUCGUCCACAUCUUCUGUCGAUUCCAGCAAUGCAUACAAGCUGAGCGACACUUCUAGCAUCAAGUAUAGUGGUGAUGAUGUGCGAACGGCCAAGGAUUGGAUCGACCGAGAUCAAAGUAGAUCUGGAAAUGCUUCUCUAUCGGCGUCCCCAUCGCCAAGUGGGAGCAUAACAGAUAUUGACCUUGAUUUGGAUUCUUUUUUCAAGCGCCUGGACAAAUAUACUGCUGAGAUGGAGGAAGUCGAAGCACGUCUCAAAAGGAAUCGACGUCUUUCAGAUGAUUCUGAUCAAAUCAACAUUAAACGAUUCUCUUUCGAGAUCAAUCAACUGCUCGGCGAUGACCGGGUGCUUCUUGGUGCUCCUGCCGGAUCACCCAAAACUGGAUCUUCUCAAACAACAAGCAGUUUGGUCAGCGGCGCCGAAGGGGGUAAUAACGAUGUGGCAGAGAGGAAUAACGAGAACUUGGAGGGGGAGACAGGAAAUAUUGAAGACUCUUUUCUAAUAAUUCAGAGUAAUGCUCUUCCGCAUCACGGGCAGAUAACGCGGUUGACGACCGGGAGUCAACUUUUGGUAUCUGGGAGGAUGGUGACUUCCAAUAGGGCCAGCCUCGAAAGUGGAUGCGAUUUGCACAUUCCAAUCCAGAAUAACGUUCGGGAAGAGGCGUCCGAUCGUUCGAUAGAACCUAUCCAAGUGAAACCAACGAACAAAUCUGAGGUACAGCUUCUUAUUGAGCGGCCAUCUUUCUCUUCCCUAACCACAGCAGACUCUCCAGGCUCCGAAUUGAGACAGGAAGCGACAACGGACCGAGGACACGAUCAGAGCCUUCUACCAGAGGCGCACUACAUUGGACAGGAGAACCGUUCCGAGGAGAUUGAUUAUUCAGAUAUUGAGGAGCCUUACCCUGCAACGCCGGUCGGAUGGACUUUUCCGCCUCGAACAUCGAGUAAAACUUUUCCAACCGAGGAAGCCUCUGGGAAGACAGAAGAGUCUCCUUCUCAACCACCCCGGCAACGAAUGAAGGCGGACAAUAGGCAAUCGGUCAGACAUGGUGGAUUUUGGAGUGCACCCCCCUUGCUACUGCUCGAUCGAGAACCAAUCCUACCCGUCCCGUCUCUACCACAGUCUGGUUCCACAGUAACCAUAAGCUCGAGUCCUCCUCUGACCCCUCUUUCACUCUGCUCACCGCGAGAAGAUCAAAUUCGAAGAGAACUCGAAAGUUUCGCACUCCACGAAGGGGCCAAGACUUUGAAGUUAAAGUACAAGAAACGAAGGCCACGCAGACUCGAUCUAGUUGAUUUCGAUGGUGAAGCUUGGGAAGUCGACGAGGAAAGGGAAUCCUGGCCGGAACUCGAGAAGAGAGAGGUGGCCAUUACCGAGCCGAGUCGGUCUCGUCCGCGACGAUCAAAGAGUAUCAUGAGUAUUUUUCAACGAAGGUCCCCUAUCGAAAAGGUCAUAGAUCUUUACUUCGAUGACGAACCUAAGGAGAAGCCUCAUCGACCGCUUUCCAGAUGGACUACAAUAUCGAGAAAAGGCUCUCCCACAACAGCAAACAUGCCCAGAAGCCCACCCAUACCUCCUUUGCGGGCCAUUAGUCCAGGGUUUGAAAAAGCAUCGAUCGGUUGA